UUAUUUGUUAAAAGCCCAACCCUCCAAACGUGUGAUUAUUUUAUCAUUACGUAAUAAUAUUAACUAUAGCCAACAUAUGAUUUAAUAUAAAUUCACCUAACCCAAUCAAUUGAAUCGAUGUUUUAACAGUGUCGGUUCAUGGUUGGUCAACGUUGCACUCGCCUGGAUCGUCAUGAUUGCUGUCGUGAAGCACAAGCAAAUGACUUAACUCGUUUUCCUCUUCCAGAGAUCUUUUGGAGAGUUUGCUGACUUAUUUUUUUACAAUCAACAUGGACGAAGAUAGUCUCAAAAUGCUGGUGAAACUAACUCAGGGUGGACAAUUUAGCUCUCUGACAAAACACAUGAAGACAUGCGGACUAAAGGAGGUUGCCCGAGACAAACACUUCGGACGGUCCGGAGAUACUCUUGCACACUACGCGGCCCGGCACGGACGUUUGGACAUUUUAGACUUUCUUAUAAAAGAAGUGGGCACCGAUGUGGAAGUUUAUAACAACGACUACAAGCGGCCGCUGCACGAAGCUGCUUCCAUGGGCCACCUAGCAUGUGUUAGCUAUUUACUGCAGAAGGGAGCGCAAGUGGACAGUUUAAAGAAAGCGGAUUGGACCCCUCUGAUGAUGGCCUGCACUCGUAGGAACCUAGACGUGAUCCGAGAGCUGAUGGAGCACUCCGCGGACCCGCUCCUGAGAAACAAAGAUGGCUGGAACGCCUUCCACAUCGCCUGCAGGGAGGGCGAUCCCCUGGUGGUCCACUUUCUCCUGGACGUUGCUCCGGAUUUGUGGAAAAGUCAAAGUAAAACAUGCAGGACACCUCUGCACACGGCGGCUAUGCAUGGAUGUGAGGAGGUUGUCGGCAUCUUGCUCGAGAGAUGCGGCUACACUCCAGAUGAAAAAGACAGCUGCGGGGUCACACCCUUCAUGGAUGCGGUGAGGAACGGACACAUUUCAUUGGCUAGGCUUCUUUUGGAGAAACACCAGGCAUCUGCAACAGCAUCUGACAUUCUUGGGGUUCAGCCAGUGCACCAGGUGGCCGUUACUGGCCAGGAGGAGGCGCUGCGGUUCCUCGUAAGGGAGCUCCACGUUGACGUCAACCAGAAGGCCACUGGUUUGCAGCUCACUUCCUUGCAUUAUGCUGCCAAGGAAGGACACGUUUCCACUUUAAAAACUUUAUUAGAUUUGGGAGCAGAUCUUCACGUUCGGGACAAAAAGGGCAGAACAGCCCUCCACAUGGCUUCCAUCGGACAGCACGCGGAAGCUGCCAGAACGCUGCUUCAGCUCGGGCUCAAAGAUUCCCAGGAUGCAUCUGGCACAACGGCACGGCAGCUUGCAAAAAAAUCAGACAUAGUGAAAGUCUUUGAAUGCAGUUAAUCAAAUCUACUAAAGGGCAUUAUAAUUCUAAUGUAAUAAAGAAAUAAACAUCAA